AUGAUUCGAACUUAUGUCCCGAAAGGAGCUGACGUCGGACUGGUGUUUGGCAAGACGCGGCGCGAAGACGUGAAAUGGGUGCGCGACCUGAUUCAAGAAAACCCAAACUUCAAGCCAUUCAUCUACACGGCCGACGCAGAACCAGAGCCCGGCUUCCUCCCUCCACACUCCGCACGCGGCCGCGAAGUCUCCGCAUACCUCUCGUACGUCGUCGACUACUACGAGCAGCUUCCCGCAUACUCGAUCUUCAUCCACGCCAACGAAGACCAAUGGCACAAUGACCUCUUCGGGCCGUCCACCAAGGCCGUGCUCAAGAGUCUGCGCCUGGAAGCCGUCGACGCCAAGGGCUACGUGAACCUGCGCUGCGAGUUCGAGCCGGGCUGUCCCACAUCGAUCCACCCGCACAACCCCACGCCGCACGACAUCGAAACCAAGGAUACCCGCGCCUACGUCUCCCAGAUCUACAUGGAUCUGUUCGCCGUGCCGCUGCAGCAGGUCCCCGACCACCUGGGCGCGAUCUGUUGCGCUCAGUUUGCGGUCAGUCGGGACCGGAUUAGGCAGCGGCCCAAGAGCGAUUAUCAGCGCAUGCUGAACUGGGUGGAUGGGCCUAGUGCGGAGAUUGUCGAUAGUUUUGGCGUGGGGUGGGUGUUUGAGUCUUUGUGGCAUGUUGUUUUUGGGAUGGAUUCUAUUAACUGCCCCGAGACCUUGCAAUGUCGGUGCGACAACUAUGGAUGGUGUGGGCCGUUGGCCUCUGGACAAACCCUGACGGCAGUGAGAAAGAAGACGAAGUAA